AAUUCGCGAUCUGAGAGAGAGAGAGAGAGUCGCAGCAUCAGUCUUCUUCGUCUUCCUCACACCAUGUUGAAGCUCCUCCUCACCUUCCUAACCCUAACCCUUACCCUCCCCUUUCUCGCCCUCUCCUUCUCGCCGGACCACCCCACCGAUCGCCGCGUCCUCGUCCUGCUCGACGACCUCGCCGUCAAGUCCUCGCAUUCGCUCUUCUUCAACACUCUCCAAUCUCGAGGCUUCGACCUCGAUUUCAAGCUCGCCGACGACCCCAAGAUCGGGCUACAGCGUUACGGCCAGUACACCUAUGACGCCUUGAUCCUGUUUUCUCCCACUGUUGACCGUUUCGGAGGAUCCAUUGACCUGGCUGCUAUAUUGGACUUUGUGGAUUCCGGUCAUGAUUUGAUUAUUGCAGCUGAUACUAAUGCAUCUGAUUUAAUUCGACAAAUCUCCGUCGAAUGCGGGGUUGAUUUCGAUGAGGACCCUUCAGCUAUGGUUAUAGAUCACACGAGCUAUGCAGUUUCAGACAGUGAAGGCGAUCAUACACUGAUUGCAAGCGGUGAUUUCAUUAAGUCUGAUGUAAUUCUGGGAAGCAAGAAAAUUGAGGCUCCUGUACUUUUCAAGGGCAUCGGCCAUACAAUUAAUUCAGAAAAUAGCUUGGUUUUGAAAGUUCUCUCAGCUUCGCCUUCAGCAUAUUCAGCUAAUCCCAUAAGCAAGCUGUCUAGUCCUCCAUCACUCACUGGAUCUUCUAUAUCAUUAGUCUCAGUUGUGCAGGCGAGAAACAAUGCUCGGGUUAUGAUCUCGGGUUCAUUAAGUAUGUUCAGCGAUCGAUUUUUUAGAUCUAAGGUGCAGAAGGCUGGGAGCGCAGAUAAACAUGAGAAAUCUGCUAAUGAGCAGUUUGUGACCGAACUUAGCAAGUGGGUCUUCCAUGAAAGAGGUCAUCUCAAGGCUGUGAAUGUAAGACACCACAAAGUUGGGGAAACAGAUGAACCUGCUAUCUACAGGAUCAAUGAUGAUGUGGAAUAUUUGGUCGAGAUUUAUGAAUGGCAUGGGAAAAGUUGGGAACCAUAUGUUGCUGAUGAUGUUCAAGUGCAGUUUUAUAUGAUGAGUCCCUAUGUUCUGAAAACCUUAUCAACUGAUAAGAAGGGUCAUUAUUUUACAGCAUUCAAGGUUCCAGAUGUUUAUGGGGUUUUCCAAUUCAAGGUUGAGUACAAUAGGCUUGGGUAUACAAGCGUAGCUCUAUCGAAGCAGAUUCCUGUUCAACCAUUCAGACACAAUGAAUAUGAAAGAUUUAUACCAGCAGCCUAUCCUUACUAUGGAGCAACAUUUACUAUGAUGGCAGGCUUCUUUGUUUUCACAGCCGUCCACCUAUACAACAAGUAACUGCAGAACAAUUGUAUGGAAGACAUGUAAUACCGUAUUAAGAGCUUAGCUUUGACAAUGGAAAUUUUGAUUAGGCAAAAUUACUAAUAUGCAGACAGGGUUAUGUUAUAGAUAUAUUUUGUCAUUAAGAGGUUGAAGAAAUUGUCAAUCCUAUUCUUUUUGUUCAUGCAGUUAAAUAGACAAUCAUCCCUGCAUAUCUGCAAUC